AAAAAAAAAAAAAAUUUAAUGUAUAGAACAAAACGACAUUUCCCGUUAGGUUUGGUUUAAUACUCGCACCUGAUGGAAAAGCCUUUGACUCUUCCUGCCAGGUGCAAAUCUCAGCACCUGUACGGUACAACAAAUCAAAUUACAAUUUUACGCACAAAUAAAUCUAGUGUGCGUGUGUGUGUGUGCGCGUGUGUGCGUGUUGGGGGGGCGUAUUUGAAGCCAAGAAUGCAAUUUUACGUCCCCAGUAGCCUUCACAGCCAGGAGGUCCACUUAACGGAACAUGCGUGGAUUAGUUGAACGGAAGAAAAUCUCGUGUAAAUGUUAAAUGUCGAUAGAAUAAUUUCCGCCGAAUGCUGAAACUCCCGCUGUCAUGUGAACAGUACCUUCGAUAAGCCUCGCCCCCUCCCACACGCCGUGCAUAGGCCGUAACCUGCUUACCGCAAACCGUCUGGGCUGAAAUGGCCCGGCCUUCACGAAGGCCAGUAAUGGCGGUAAUGGGGAACGUUAUUCAGGGAUGUGCAGGCCAGGAGCCUGCAUCUCCCGCCUAAAUCUCCAGGGGUGGAAAAGCAGCUCGCUACCCUCUCCUCCUCACGCCCCCAUCUGUCCGUCCAUCCUUACGUCCACCCUGAAGGGGUUCAUCGGGGGGGCUCCAUGGGGUGUGGGGGCAGCCGGACGGACGCCCUGGAGCCGAGGUACCUGGAGAGUUGGACGAAGGAGACGGAAUCGACAUGGCUGACCAGCACGGACACGGACGUGCCUCUGUCCGCCAUCCAGAACAUCCCCUCCGAGAGCUCCUCCCAGCUGGGCUUCAGCGCUGAGAAAAACAACAGCCCCGUGGCAGAUUUUUUUGACGACAGCUUCCCGGGCCCUGCCCAGGCGUACAUGAAGGUCUGCUCCGCCAUGUCCGAGGCUGGCCUGGGCGGCACCAAGGCGGACGCCGACGCCACAGUACCGACCUCCCAACAGCAGGAGGCGCUGCCCGCAGCACAUGGCGCCACACUGCAGAAGAGGAGCGUGAUGCACACUGAGGAAGUUACAGAGUGGCGUGACGACCGGAUGUCCACCAAGCAGGUGACCAUCACCGUCACGCAGAGCGUGCGGCAGGUGGACCGGGCCGGCUGGAUGAGGGAGACGUCCCGCACCACCUUCCAGGUCCUGAGGCCCGCCGAGGACCGCAAGGAGGCGCCGGCCGAGAAGAGCCCAAAAUGAGGAGGACCCGCGGCUGCUCCUGCGCGAGUGCGUGAGAGAGGGAGAGGGAGAGAGAGGGACGGGGGGAGAGAGAGGGAGACAGAGGGAGAGGGAGGGAGAGGGAGGGAGGGAGAGAGAGAGAGAGACAGGGGGAGAGGGAAGCCGCUGGGUCUUUUCAUCCCUCUCAGGCUAAAGAAAAUGGGCGGGACUGCUGGGAUUUGUAGUCUCUUUCAGGCUACAGGAAGGGGAAGCUGCUGGGAUGUGUGGUCUCUAACAGACUGAAACCUGGGGGAUGUGCUUGGGUUUGUUAUAUUCAGAGAUGGAAAGUCCAGGGGCCAGAAAGUAAAAGUCCUGCCAUGCAGUUCUUUCACCCCCAGCUGAUUUCACUAAUUAGUUCUGCUUCCUGGCUGAAGAAUUGUGCUAAUUAGCAAAUCCAGGUGAUUUGAAGAAAAUACUGGGGAGGACUUGCACUUCCUGGACCUGGAUUUUUCACCGUUGGUUCCAUUUUUUUUCUUUUUUUUUUAAAGCCUGGAACAGUCAGUGUGCACCUGGCUGUGUGUCCUUGCUUAGCUGUAAUCAUCUCUCUGCUCGGCUGGGUUUUUUUUAAGUUCUUCUUAUGGCUGUGAAACCUGGAUGUGGCUGUGAGUCAGAGGAGAAGAGACUCUUCAAAACGAACCUGACUGCCAUUCAGCCCCGUGGAUUAGGGAGACCUGUGCAACUCGAGUGCAGCGAUGCUGCUCCUCUGCUGGUGCAGAAUUAAACAGCAGUGCGUCCUGUUUCCACAGCUAGCGAUUAGACCUCCCCUUGCUGUGUUAGACCCAGGACAUUUACAAAUUUUCAUAUUUUCUAAUCCAAGGACAUUUUUGCACACAUCUCUCAGAUUAUCAGCAUGUGUCAUCAAAACCAGUAACA